UUUAUUUUCUUCUGCUUUCUCCUAAUUUUCUUUCCCCCCAAAAUCAUUUUCUCGAGUAAAUCCAUCGCCAGAGAAAAUGUUUCGUUUGUAUUUUCCUUCUCUUCCUCCACCACCACCUCAACCUCCCAAAGCUAUUAUCGUUGCUGUUACGGUUACUAUUUUUCUUUUUGCCAUAAAUCUUACAUGAUAUAGAUAUACAUUUUCACUACAUUCUUGAUUUUAGGGUUUAGUAGCUUCUUCUUCUUGAUCUUGGUACCUCUACAGUAUUUCUUGCUCUUGUAAAGUGUAUUCCAACUUUCUUUGCUUCAAGAAUAAUAUACCGAUUCUUAGAACGAUUCUUGCAUUUUGAGAGUGAGAAUUUUGCCGAGAAAAUGAAUAAGGAAAAUCGAUAUGCACCACUCUUAGCACCGUCUGCUUCCGAUGUUCACAUCGAAGAUCCUAUCAAAAAUUCAAGAAGCUUUCUUCUCUCUUUAGCCAAAGCUAAAGCUGGUAGUUACGGAACACCGAAAUUAUCAAAGGAGAUUCAGUUUGCAAUGUCUUGUAUGUAUGAAGGUUCACUUGAUCUCCUACCCUCACCUUAUAGUGAACUAGAUUAUGUUUCUCAGAAAAUUUCUGCUUCUAAGGUUCUGGAAAAUGUCCAUCUACUGCAUAAGACUAAUCAACCAUAUCUGCCUCCAUAUUGCAACAAGGCACUAUCUUCUUCAAGUGGAGACAACGAUGGCUCGCUAGAGAGUGACAUAUCUGGAUCUUCUGACUGUACAAAUCAGAAAGUGGAAGCGGAACUAGAAAACCGUCAAAAUGUUUCUCCUGCAAAAUUUGCAAAGAGUGACGGGCUUUGGGAGUCUUAUGUGUAUCUUGAGCCUCCAUUGAUCCAUGAUGUCCAAAUUCAACAGGAUUCAGAAUUUAAAUCUUCCAGUACCAGCUUUGAAGACUGUUCAAGUUCUAUCUAUGGUUUUAGUUUUCCUGAUGAGGACAGUUUAAUUACAUAUGACGGACCUUUCUUGAACCUUGAAGUGAAAAUUCCGCCUAGUAUUGAUAGGUUUGUGUAUUCCCCUGAAAGCAAUCUGAUUGAAGAUGAUUUGGAUAGUCCAGACUCAACUUUUGAAAUGAUCAAGAGUCUUGUAGAAUCUGUACUCGAUGGUGAUGAUGAUUACGAUGACGAUUAUUAUAAUUUUGAUUAUGAUAAGUCCUGUAUGGAUGAUGUUAUGUCGGAGCUGGUCCAGCAUGGAGCUAGAGUUGCUAAACUAAACCUUUCUUACGAGCAGUUGAAUCUAGGAGGGGAUCCAUUCUUUUUGUCUUCCCAGUCUUGCCCAUGCGGCAAAAUUCAUCCUGGUGAUCAUGAGCUUAGAAGGUUUGGUUUUGGAGCUGAUGAAUCAAUGUUCCAACAGGGCAUAAUGCCAUCACUUUGGGAGCCUUUAUGGAAGGAGAAAACAAACCUAAUGCAGAAUUGUUUUGAAUAUCAGGAUCCAGACUAUGACUGUUCUGUAAAGGGAGUUCCUGAUUCUAAUGGUGAUGGUGAUGACAUAUUCAAUCAAGCAGUAGUUAACAGUUUCAAAGACAGGAAGCUCAGAGCAAGCGAGUUCGUGAGAGGAUUCUACUAGUUGCAGACUUUCCCACUGUGUUUAGCAGUUGUUGAAUAGAAUGUGAUAAUCCUUUGCUUUAAUUUUUCACACUUUCUUGUGAAGCAGCCAUGAAUGCUAUGAAGCUGCUUUAAUAGAUCUCUCCUAGCUAGUAAUAUUAAAAGAAAAAAAUUAAAAAAAUAGACACCUCUUAGUUACUUAGUUACUGCUCUAUUUCUGUUUUUGACUUUUUUGGACAAUGUGUUUGUAUAUUUUAGACUUUGAGGCUGAAAAUGCAUGCCUCUGAGAAGAUUAGUCAUCAGAAUAAAGGAAUUAAUCAUUCUGAGUAA